GUAGCGAACCAUACAUUUGUGUGAAGUGAUUAAAAUGAAAAUUACAUUAUUCUUAGCUUUAACAUGCAUAUUGGCUUGUGUAUUUUGUGAUGAUGAUGACCCUUUCUCAUCGAAGUUUGAUAAUAUAGAUGUUGAUAGUAUUCUGAAAAAUGAUAGAUUGCUGCUGAACUACCAUAAAUGCUUAAUGUCAGGCACCGGUUGUACACCAGAAGGGGAAAAUUUGAGGAAGGCUGUUCCAAAAGCUCUUGAAGAUGGUUGUGAGAGGUGUACCGAUAAACAGAGGGAAGUAGCCGCAAAAGUUAUAAAAUUUCUGAUAGAGAAAAAGCCAGAAUUGUGGAAAGAGUUGCUGGAAAAAUUCGACCCGGAAAAGAAGUUCAGAAGCAAAUACGAAGAUAGACUCAAGGAAAUUUCUGCCUGAUGUAUGAAAAAGAGAUGAAUGAUUCACACAUUUGAAGAAGCUUUAUUUUGAAACCAGCUUUGAGCUGUUAAUUGUAUUAUAUGAGAUAUUAAAAAAAUUUUCAAUAGUUUA